AUGGAUUCUCUAUCUAUGUAUGACCUAAGCAAAUUCUGUCCUUAUAAUACAGUGCUGUACGAUCACAGUGAUCCAUCAAUUAAUACUGUUUUGACAGCACCAACUGAUAAACCUGGGGUGGCAUUGCUUGAUUUUGUCAUUUUCCCACCCAGGUGGCUUGUUGCUGAGCAUACCUUCCGACCUCCGUAUUAUCAUCGCAAUUGCAUGAGUGAAUUUAUGGGUCUCAUCCAUGGUAACUAUGAGUUGUUUUUACAGGCAAAGGAUGAUGGGUUUCUUCCGGGUGGUGCAAGUCUUCAUAACUGUAUGACUCCCCAUGGUCCUGAUACCAAGUCAUAUGAGGCCACUAUUUCUCGUGGGAACAAUGUAGGACCUCACAAGAUCACCGACACAUUGGCUUUUAUGUUUGAGUCAAGUUUGAUUCCCCGUAUCAGCCGAUCGGCUCUUGAAUCUCCAUUCCUGGAUCAUGAUUAUUACCAAUGUUGGAUUGGUCUAAGAUCUCAUUUCACAGUUCCUGAGAAAUCUCUUGGAAGCCUAACCUUGAACAAUGGAAUAAGGACCAAGGAGUGAAAUGGUUGUUUGCCACACAAAUACAAUUGGGUUCUAUGUACAUACAUAAUAAAAGUAACCAGUACGGAAUGUAAUAUAGAAGUUAAAAGUCAGUAAAUAUAAUAAAUUGCAGAAUUAGCAUAAAAAAAAA